AAACUCAUUCCACGAGAAUGGUUUUGUGUCUGUGUUGUGUUCUUUAAAGUACCAAAUACAUUUAUUAAAAGAAAAAUCAGAACACAAGUUAUAUUUGUCAUUUGAUACGUUACAUUUAGACAUUUGCGGUUAAAAAAAUAAGUACUUUGUCAGUAACAAUCUAAUUAAGAGAAUUACGAUAACAGAUACCAGUUAAACAUGCUCCGCAAAAGAACAAUGUAGCCAGUCCUGAAAUUAGGGCGAUGGCAGUAAUGGGUUAGCACUGCUCCUCGGCUCGUUUCACAGGGUGGACGCGUUUUAACUGCGUGUUCUGUAUUUUAAUUCAAGACCCGCUUUUAAACAACAUUGUUUUAUUGCACAGCUGCGUUUUAUUUGAUGUUAAGGUCCGUUUUUUAUCUUGGUAGAAUCGCUACUAUGUUAGUUUCGUUAUUUGUAAAUGCUUCGUGCAGCUGAUCUAGUUUACAAGCACCUGGGCAUAUUGGUACAGAUCUUUCCAUGUACGUACAAGUUGAUCGCGUUGUUAUUCGUUUUUAUGUAAAGGAACAUGAUGAAGACGGCAGUGUGUUUCGCGUUAGGUUGAAGGGACUCUGUGUUAAGGGAACUCUCGGUCGCAGUUUUCAUUUCAGAUUAAUGGGAAUUCCCGUGUGGCUGUUUCGUUACAUAGAAGUAGCGUGGGCAGGGAAUCCAAAGGGUUUAUAUUUUACCUUUAAAAAAACAAACUGUAGGGCGUUUCCUUGUCUUUAUAAUUGGAAUAAAGUCAUAAGAAAAACAAAUCACUUUUAUUAUGACAAUGGAAGUUACACAUCAAAUCAAAUGUAUUAAGGCCCUGCGUAUGCAGUCAGUGUGAUGGCUUUCAAUCGAUUCUAUUAAUUUGCGCUUCUGCGUCAUACAGGUGGGAUGACGGAAGGCGGCUUCUCCGCCAGUGUGAGUUCAUUCCGUGUAAGACCGUAGUGUUGGGAAGAAGCACUUGUGACUUUGUGUUUUUUGUUUUGUUAAAGAAACAAAGGGAGUUUGAAUUAAAACCAUGAAGGAGCGCGGUGUUCAGAUCCCACAGGCGCUGGGGCAGGGACCCAGCUUCUUCAUCCCCGUAGAGGAGAUGGUGGAGGAGGGCGUGGUGCAGCCGAUCCUGAGGGAGGCCUUCGUGUCACUGGGCCGCCUCGAUCACGUCACCAUGGUGAUGGGUCUGCACACUGAGUACCUUGCCUGCUUCCUGCGCACUCAGCACUCCCUGCUGCGGCUGGACGGGCCCCUGCCCUACCCCUGGAGACACUUCAUAGCCAUCAUGGCCGUGGCCCGUCACCAGUGCUCCUACCUCGUCCAGCUGCACACCGCAGAGUUCCUGCAGGUAGGGGGGGACCCCCAGUGGCUAGGCGGACUCUCCUGUGCCCCCCAAAAGCUGCGGAACCUGAACGAGCUGAACAAGCUGCUGGCACACCGGCCCUGGCUCAUCACCAAGGAGCACAUCGAGAACUCUCUCCUCCUCUCCCAGGUGCUGUUGAAGCCGGGUGGUGAAGGCUGCUGGUCCCUGGCUGAGCUGAUCCACGCUGUUGUCCUCCUUACUCACUAUCACUCGCUGUCCUCCUUUGUGUUCGGCUGCGGAGUCAACCCUGAGCCUGACCACGAGGGGGGCCACGCCUUCCGACCACCGUCCCCCUGCCCGACCGACAGCCCCAGGGGUGAGGGUGGGGGCAGCGUGCCCAGGGCGGAGGCCCUGUGCGAGGCUCUCAUGACUGUCCCUUCUCCCCAGGCGGAGGCCCUGUGUGAGGUGGAGGCUCUCAUGAGGAAGAUGAAGCUGCUGCAGGAGCAGGAGGAGGAGGCGAGCCAGGAGGAGAUGGCAGUGCGCUUCGAGAGGGAGAAGAGAGAGAGCCUGCUGGUCACUCCUACUGAUGACAGCAAGAGGCUUCCCCUUGCCAGCGUGUCCCGCUUCGUGGAGGACCCUGAUUUUGGGUAUGAGGAUUUCACACGCAGAGGGGAGCAGACGCCCCCUACCUUCCGAGCACAGGAUUACUCGUGGGAGGAUCACGGCUACUCCCUGAUGAACCGGCUCUACCCAGACGUAGGGCAGCUCCUGGAUGAGAAGUUCCAGACCGUCUACAACCUCACCUACAACACCAUGGCUAUGCACAGCGGGGUGGACACCAAAAUGCUGCGCAAGGCCGUGUGGAACUACAUCCACUGCGUCUUCGGAAUCCGGUUUGACGAUUAUGAUUAUGGAGAUGUGAAUCAUCUGCUGGAGCGCAGUCUGAAGGUGUACAUUAAAACGGUGGCGUGCUACCCUGAGAAGACGAGCUACAGCAUGUACCAUGCGUUCUGGAGACACUUCCGGCACUCAGAGAAGGUCCAUGUGAACUUACUGCUCCUGGAAGCCAGAAUGCAGGCAGCCUUGCUGUACGCACUGCGAGCGAUCACACGCUACAUGACAUGACACCCUCCCCUCCCUGCAGAGUGAUCACACGCUACAUGACGUGACGUGACGCCCUCCCCUCCCUGCAGUGAUCACACGCUACAUGACACGACACCCCCCCUCCCUGUAGAGUGAUCACACGCUACAUGACAUGACACCCUCCCCUCCCUGCAGAGUGAUCACACGCUACAUGACGUGACGUGACGCCCUCCCCUCCCUGCAGUGAUCACACGCUACAUGACACGACACCCCCCCUCCCUGUAGAGUGAUCACACGCUACAUGACACCCUCUCCUCCCUGCAGAGUGAUCACACGCUACAUGACAUGACACCCUCUCCUCCCUGCAGAGUGAUCACACGCUACAUGACAUGACACCCUCUCCUCCCUGCAGAGUGAUCACACGCUACAUGACAUGACACCCUCUCCUCCCUGCAGAGUGAUCACACGCUACAUGACAUGACACCCUCUCCUCCCUGCAGAGUGAUCACACGCUACAUGACAUGACACCCUCCCCUCCCUGCAGAGUGAUCACACGCUACAUGACAUGACACCCUCCCCUCCCUGCAGAGUGAUCACACGCUACAUGACGUGACGUGACGCCCUCCCCUCCCUGCAGUGAUCACACGCUACAUGACACGACACCCCCCCUCCCUGUAGAGUGAUCACACGCUACAUGACAUGACACCCUCCCCUCCCUGUUUCUGAACAGCUGUGCUCCGUGGGGCUCACUCCAGCAGAGACUCUGACGAGGCACACAGCAUUGCACAGGCCUGGAGCUCCGCGCUGCCCUCAGCCUGCUUGUUCAGGAGGAAUUUCUUUCAACUUUUUGUUCUUUUUAUUUUCCUAUUUCAUUUUUAUUGUUAUUGUUAAUGUGCUUUUUGUUGUGUGAUUUUAGUUUUUUUUUUUAAAGCCUGGCUGCUCUGAAAUUUGAUUUGUCUUAAACAUCUGCGUGUGUUUGUAAAUCAAGCGAAAUUGAGAAGUAUAAAACAGACCUGGUGAAUAAUGACACAAGAUUUGACUAGAAGCCUUUUUCCGUGCCUUCUAGUCAACAUGUCUGUCACUUCAGUUUCGUGUAGUAUUUUUAAAUGUUCAUCAACAGGCUUGUCUUUUGAAUGUGAACGCACUGUAGGACAGUCGGCAUAUUUGGAAGGGAUGUGACAUGUGUCGCUGUGCCCGCUCUUCUGUCUAAGAGGGUUGCACCCUCAUUGAAUAGAGCAACAUUUCGAAGUUUAGAAAUACUAAAAGAACCGUAAUGAAUCUAAUGGCACUCAUUUUGAAGAGGCUGCCCCCUCAUUGAAUUCAGUACAGCAAUCCUGAACCCCGCUGUUCUCCACUCCCUAUAAACACUAAAUACAGGACAGGGUGCGGGAGCUCCAGUCAGGUUCAGCUCAUCACAGCCUUCACGGUCCAGCCUGCAGCGGCUCUCCUGUCUCAGUCUGUGUGCUGUGCAGUGGGGGAGAAGCAGGGCUGUUUGUGCAGGUGAUUAUUCGUAUUGCUGUCGCAUUUCCUGUCUGUGCAUGCUCAGGAAUUUGUUUGCAGAGGCAAAGAGCUUGAAUCACUAGCUCUGCAGUGAAUUGUUUGCUGUGUUUCUCAGUGGAGCAGCAGUGGGUGCAGUUGAAUUAGGACACCUGUUUAAUAGCAGGAAGUUCAGCUCUUAAAUUCAUGGUGUGAAAGAGUUUGAGGAGCUGUCAGCAUUGUGUCUUGGACGCACGCGUCUCCAUCCUCUUGUUAGUUUAUGUCUCCACUACAGUGUUGUUCACUUGAAGCCCAUGUGUCCUUGGUCGGCAUGUUUGGCAUCUUUUGCGAAUACCAAAGAGCCCCCAUUUCAUUUUUUGGUAAAUCGCACCCUUCUAGCAGUAUUAACUGAAGCAGCCACACCACCAGCUACAGAAGUGAAGGCCCAAUGUUUGGUAUUCCAAAGCAUAAUUACAAAGUCAGAAACCUAACCUCCCAAUAUAGAUGUGUGUAGAAUUUUAUACUGAUAUAGAUAUAUAGAUAGAUGACCUGUGAAAGGGCAGCAUUGAAAAGUGUGGAUUGGAGGACUCUGUACACGCCACAAUGAGAUUAUUAGUGCAGUCCUGGUAUUUGUCUGUUCAUGUUGACACAGACCCCCUUCACCUCACUGCUUCUAAACCUCCACCCUUCCCUUGCUUUGAUUUGCACAGCUGCUGUUGUUUUCAAAAAAUAGUUUGUGUUGUUUUGCACAGUUAUUGAUGGGGUGUGUUGUAUAUUUUGGUUGCAUUAAACAGUAUUUUUUUAAAUGAUUAUUUUUUUCACGUUGGUCCUCAGUUGCAUUUUCUCUGGGGUGUUUCCCUGCACAGAGAGGGGCGCCGGUACAUGCUGUCAGUGUUCUUUGUAACAAUGUUCGUUGUACUGUUUGCAGUGUCAUUGCACUGGGAAUGUUUUGUUGGGUCUCAGUUCCAGGGAAUGAGAGAGGCAGGUUUCAGUUUCCCAUGUGCUCUGUGUUUUGAGAGGCUCACAGCAAACGUAGGUUUCCCAGAGCUCUGGGAGCUGCAUGUACCCGGAUGGGAGGGUUUCUCUGUGUGCAGGACGGGGGCUUGUCCAGUUCUAAUGUCAUGCACAGUGUGAUUUCUAUUUAUUUAUUUUUUGUUUUUUGUAACUGAAUUUGAAGAGAUAGGAUCUGAAUUGAGCUCUUGUCUAUGCAAAUGGGAGGUUUCUAUUCACUGAAGACUGUUCUGUCUAGAACAGGGAAGUGAUACAAGGACACUGUGCUCUUUCAUUUAGAAAUACAGAAAGAAAUGUAAUAAAUUCAGUGAUUUAAUUUGAACUAGAAGUCUUUUUCAAUGUCUUCAGUGUUGAUUCCACAGUUCUGGAUGUUUUGAUUCAGCCUUGCCUUGGGAAAUAUAGGGCCAGGGAGAAGUGAUCCACUCUCAUGUCGAGAGUUGGUGUGUGUGUGUGUGUGUGUGUGUGUGAGGGGGGGGGGGGGGGUACUCGGAGUCCUGAUCCAAACUCGUGUGCGUGUGUCUGCAGUAUUGCACUUUAAACACAGGAAUGUUUUCUGCAUAGCCUUUUUUAAUUUCUUUGUAUUUUUUUUUUUUUUUUAUAUAUAUAUUUUGUGAAAUGAGUAGCGUGUCUCCGUGUCGUCUCCUGGAAGCUGAGCUGGAUCGCACCGAGGAAGAGGGAGGAAGGAGGAGGGCUUCAGGGUCUGGUUAGAACUUCAGAUGUUGAAAGAACGAAACCUAGCUGAGGUUUUUGGUCCAAUUGCAAAACUUUUAUUUAACACUAGAUUUCAGCUCAAGGUAAUAAUUUCUAAAUGAUGCUAUUAGGAAUGCAAAGAAAGACAUUGAAUUCCUUUGCAGUACUUUGUUGCUGGCAGACCCCUCUCUCCUCCUCUCUCUCUGGUGUCAUUCAGGAGCGUGUGCCGUGCCGCGCCUCUCCAGACAAUGCUGAGUCCCACCUCUCGUCUUCUGUUUUGAUUGUAGUUUCCUUUUGUUAUUUAAAUGUCAUCAUGCUGAGUUGUAUAUUCUGAAAACGUGUUGUACAGAGUGCAGUUUGAGACUUUGUAAUUAUAACUACCUUUAAAUAAUAAAACAAGUAAAUAAAAGUUUUAUUCUUCAGUAAAA